AUGACUGCUGAUUCUAUCACAACUGGCCAGACUGGCUCUUCCAACGGCUCUUCCAACGGCCACACCAAUGGCACGCCUCGCACCAAGAUUUGCGUAUACUGCGGCUCAAGCGGCGGAAACGACCCCGAGCACAUGGAAACUGCCCGCGAGCUCGCCAGAGUAAUGGCCGAGAACGACAUUGAUCUCGUCUACGGCGGCGGCACUGUCGGCCUCAUGGGCGAAGUCGCCAAAACCCUCUGCGAGCUCAAGGGCCCCGAGUCCGUGCACGGCAUCAUCCCCGAGGCCCUCGUCAAGUACGAGCGCAACGGCACCUACCAGACCAUCAACGUGAACAACCAGUACGUGCCCACCGAGUCCACCUACGGCCGCACCACCGUCGUCAAGGACAUGCACACGCGCAAGAAGCUCAUGGCCGAGGAGGUCUUCGCCGGCGGGCCGGGCAGCGGCUUCCUCGCCCUCAGCGGCGGCUACGGCACCGUCGAGGAGCUCUUCGAGACGGUCACCUGGAACCAGCUGGGCAUCCACAAGCGCGGCAUCUGCCUGCUCAACAUCAACGGCUACUGGGACGGCAUCAUCCAGUGGGUUGAUAAGGCUGUCGAGCAGGGCUUUGUCAAGCUGCCCAACAAGGACAUUCUGGUGACGGCGACGACCGCCGAGGACGCCAUCUUGGCGCUGAUGAACUACCAGGUCAGCGAGGGCACUUUUAAGCUAGAGUGGGGAUCGCAAUAA